AUGGACCAUUCCAACGUAAAUAAUUCUAGCAAAGAACAAGCCAUCAUGGACCAUUCCAACGUAAAUAAUUCUUCCAAAGAACAAGCUAUCAUGGAUCAUUCCAACGUAAAUAAUUCUACCAAUGACCAAGCUAUCAUGGAUCAUUCCAAUGUUAAUAAUUCUACCAAAGAACAAGCUAUCAUGGACCAUUCCAACAUAAACAAUUCUACCAAAACAACAAGCUAUCAUGGACCAUUCCAACAACAAGCUAUCAUGGGCCAUUCGAACGUAAAUAGCUCUAACAAUGACCAAGCUAUGGACCAAUCCAACGUAACUAAUUCUACCAAUGACCAAGCGACGGACCAAUCCAACAUAAAUAAUUCUACCAAUGACCAAGCGACGGACCAAUCCAACGUAACUAAUUCUACCAAUGACCAAGCGACGGACCAAUCCAACAUAAAUAAUUCUACCAAU